AUGCCGCCUACACUCAGAAGACAAGCUAAGCGCCAUCGCCAGUCCAGUGGACCCGUGCGGUCCAACACAACGCUUUCUCAAACGACAACGCUCCCGUAUGUUCCAGCAGUCAACUCGUCGCUGCUCAAUUUCGUCGAUGCUUCUAUUCUCAGUAAAUUGGAACUUCCCACGUUCGAUGGAAACAUCCUUGAGUACCCAGAAUUUUCGUCUCGGUUUGCCACGUUAGUCGGCAAUAAGGUUCAACUCGAUGACACGACAAAAUUUUCCUUGUUGAAAUCUUGUCUGCGAGGUCGUGCUCUUCACGCGAUACAAGGACUCUCCAUGACUCCUAACAACUACAAGAUCGCUAUGGACAUCCUCGCCACCCACUUCGACGACAAAGUGACUAUGAAACAUAUCCUCUACACGAAGUUGUCACAACUACCGAAUUGUGACCAGGAAGGUCGCAAUCUUCAAACUCUGUACAACCAAAUGUUUGCUCUAGUUAGGCAGUUUGCUGAAGACGGAAAUGACUCAAACGAGACCGGUUUAGGAGCAAUUCUGCUUAACAAACUUCCUGCCAGAGUACGUAGUCAGAUAUAUGACAAGACAAACAAUAGCCACAACCUCUCCCCGACCGAACUGCUACACUUGCUCACCGAUAUAGUCCGUAAAGAAGCCGCACUAUCAGAGAUUGAUUAUCACGCAUGCAUGAACCGUUAUCCUUCAAGUCACGAGCUUCAAGUGGAGUUCCGGUCGAAGCCUCAGCACUUUUCAUAUUCAACACAGAAGAGAAAAGAAUGUUCCUUUUGUCGAAAUUCCGAUCACACCUCUCUCGUCUGCGACUCCUUCCCGACCCCGCGUGAUCGAACUCGUCGAGUAGAACAACUACGUCUAUGUUACAACUGUCUCUCCAGUCAACAUGGUUCUAAGGACUGCACAUCCAAACAAUCCUGUAGAUUCUGCGCCAAGCGUCAUCACUCAUCGCUGUGUCCUAAAUGCUCUAAUGUGUCUAAUCCAGGAAGAGAGAUUCCGCAACCUGGCCACUCCUUCGCCCCUAACCCCUCCUCGUUCCGAACUCACGAGCAGUUUGUUAGUGUUUCACCAAAAGAAACGACAAACAACCCUCAUCAACAAGAGGACAAUAUCAUCCCAAUAGUUAGCAGUCCCUCCCAUCAGAAUCGAAACAUACGCUCACAAGCCACACUCAUGUGCACCUCCGUAGCCCUCUUUAAUCCUGCAAACUCUUCAAAGACAACAGCUGUUACUGCAUUUUUCGACUCAGGUUCCACCCAGUCGUACAUCACAGACGAACUAGCACGAGUCCUCGACCUCCAGAAUAUGUUAUCCGAAGAGAUCUCUGUGUCAACAUUUGGCACUACGACUCCUCUCCGACUGAAAUCUCGAAAUCACGUCGUUGGCAUCAAGACAGAGAAAGGAGAGAAGCACCUUCAAGUGAAAUCUUUGCCCACCUUAACGGGUCAUUUGAGACAUGCACACCCCGAUUCUAAUGCGAAGAACGGAAACGUUACGAUAUCGUCAUGCAAGCCAUCUAUAUUGAUUGGAAAUGAUUACUUUUGGGACAUCGUCCUAUCAGAUGAUUUCUACUACGAAACACUGCCGAACGGCUAUCGUAUGCUUCACACCAGUAUCGGCAACAUUCUUGUAGGCAAGUCUUUGAAUCUGAAAAGUAUUGCAACUUGCACUUCCUUUCAUGCAGAAGGCGAUCUCAACAAUCCAGUACUCCACGACGAACUUUCUGAACUUGUUCAAAAUUUUUGGAAACUAGAAGCAGUUAGGAAUAAUGGACGAUCCUACUCGAAAGGAUGA